AUGGAACAGUGGAUUCAAUGGAAGAUUCAACGGCGGAUUCGAUGGAAGAUUUCAACAGUGUAUUCGAUGGAAGAUUCAACGGUGGAUUUGAUGGAAGAUUCAAUGAUGGAUUCGAUGGAAGAUUCAACGAUGGAUUCGAUGGAAGAUUUCAACGGUGGAUUUGAUGGAAGAUUUCAACAGUGUAUUCGAUGGAAGAUUUCAACGGCGGAUUUGAUGGAAGAUUUCAACAGUGUAUUCGAUGGAAGAUUCAAUGAUGGAUUCGAUGGAAGAUUUCAACGGUGGAUUCGAUGGAAGAUUUCAACAGUGUAUUCGAUGGAAGAUUCAACGGCGGAUUCGAUGGAAGAUUUCAACGGCGGAUUUGAUGGAAGAUUUCAACAGUGUAUUCGAUGGAAGAUUCAACGAUGGAUUCGAUGGAAGAUUCAACGAUGGAUUCGAUGGAAGAUUUCAACGGUGGAUUCGAUGGAAGAUUUCAACAGUGUAUUCGAUGGAAGAUUCAACGGCGGAUUCGAUGGAAGAUUUCAACAGUUGUAUUCGAUGGAAGAUUCAACGAUGGAUUCGAUGGAAGAUUUCAACGGUGGAUUCGAUGGAAGAUUUCAACAGUGUAUUCGAUGGAAGAUUUCAACAGUGUAUUCGAUGGAAGAUUUCAACGGUGGAUUUGAUGGAAGAUUUCAACAGUGUAUUCGAUGGAAGAUUUCAACGGCGGAUUUGAUGGAAGAUUUCAACAGUGUAUUCGAUGGAAGAUUCAAUGAUGGAUUCGAUGGAAGAUUUCAACGGUGGAUUCGAUGGAAGAUUUCAACAGUGUAUUCGAUGGAAGAUUUCAACGGCGGAUUCGAUGGAAGAUUCAACAGUGUAUUCGAUGGAAGAUUCAACGGUGGAUUCGAUGGAAGAUUCAACGGUGGAUUCGAUGGAAGAUUUCAACAGUGUAUUCGAUGGAAGAUUCAACGGCGGAUUCGAUGGAAGAUUUCAACGGUGGAUUCGAUGGAAGAUUUCAACAGUGUAUUCGAUGGAAGAUUUCAACGGUGGAUUUGA